AUGUGGUUACUCUUCCUAUUCAUCACUCCCAUUUUCGGGGUCUACCUUCCAUUUGAGCAGCGCUAUGUGUCGAUAAAUGGCGGCCCGCCACUGCCCGUUCAAUAUGUUCACAUCUCGCAACUCCACAAAACCCAACCUGAGCGAAAAGCCCUCGCCUCAAAACUCCAAAAAUUCUCCGGAGAGAAAAGUUUGGAAGAAGCAAAGAUGGGAACAAAUUCACCGGAUUUGAGUGCAAAUCUAUCUCAGCUCUUCGGACGAGAACAAGGACUAGUGUCGAGGUUUCCGACUCUGAUCCCAGCGCAAGAGCAGCUUCUUUAUCGAAAACUUGGCCUCCAAAAGAAGCAUCGACAUCGCCGGCAUCGACGCCACCGAAAACACCGAAAGCACGGGAAAAAGAGAAGAAGAAGACAUCACAAAAAGAAGAGAAGACACGGGAAAAAGAAGGAAAAUGGCGAUGAGCACGUGGUUGAGAACGGCCCACUGACGCAGAUAUUGGAAGAGAAAAACGGAAUCACCAGCCUCACGCACAAAUUCGACGAGAAGCUGGCGCGCAAGAGCGACCCCGACAUUGACAAUAUGAGGGUUGAGCGAACUGAACGCAUCAACUUGCCCGACUACACGCAAGAGACGAAAAUCUCACACAAUAAACACCUCUCCCCAUCGACGAUGGCCAUUUUGCAGAGGCUCAGAACUUCGGGCAGCUUCCUCAACCCGACCAAUCCAUGGUCUACCACUUCUCAUUCAUCCAAUUUCUAUCAACAUCCCCUUUUCUCACAACCUGUAAUCAUCAAACGACCCGUGACGAAUCUACUCCGAAUCUCCUUCAAAACGGAUUCCCCGACCCGUUCUCCAUCUCUUCAAUGGGUUCUCCCCACACCGCAUCAUGGUGACAUCAUUCCAUCACAUCAAUUCGCUUUCCCGCCACUCGAUUCUCUCGAUUGGUGGAGGGGAUGGCUAGAGCCGGAAGGAAACAAGAGCACAAGUCAUAACAAAAGUAUCGAUGUGAUGUGUGCCAGCUGUUUCAGUGAUCAACCGGAUGCUUUGGCGUGCACUAGAUCGAUCCUCGUCUCGACCCUAGCCCUUCUCUCGGCUCUUGUCGCCAUCAAACGGAUCAUCGACUUGCACCGAACAAACCCGUCCCCAAUCCGACUCCUAAUAUUUCUACUGAUUCUCCUGCAAUGCUUAGCUGGCUCCUUUGAAUGGUUGGUUGGAUGGACGACACAAUUGGCACUUUUCAUUACCUAUGCAAAGGCAAUCGAACUCCUCAUUAUCUGCUAUUUCUAUUUGGAUUUAGCUUCGAAAAUUAUGCAUUGGAGUUCAUUGGCUGGGAAGAGACUGUGCUUCUCUUCACUCAUCCUUCUCUUCACUUAUUUCACUCUUUUCCUAGUGAUGGGCUUUCUUCUUUCAAUCGAGCCAUGGACUGAUUGUCAUGCUCCUUAUUGGAUUUGGUUUUCUUGUGGAGAAUUUCUGACAGUUCAAUUAAUGGUUUUCUCAUUUUUGUUGAUUGUAAAUCGAAUGAAUCGCAUCUCCGCCUCACCAAAUAUUCAUCAACGACAAAGGAGACAACUAUUCACCUUAUUCUGGGUCUUCGAGACAUCUUGUCUUGCCGAUCUUGGAUAUCAUAUUUCUCUCUAUAUAUUAGCCGAUGAUGAAAAAGGAUGUUCGGGGAUUUUUGAACACCAACAAUUGCGGUAUUCGAUGCUGAAAUUCCCAUAUGAUAUCGUUUCUUUUCUUCUACCCGCUUGGACGCUUCUCUAUUUCUUCCGACCACAACGAAAAGAUGGAUUUGAUCAACAGGACAGUCAAGAGUCCUCCCUUCCCUCGAUUUCCGGCAUCGCCGAUGUGAUUGUGGUCCGGAAUUGGCGACGAAGAUAUCGACCACUUGUACAAGACAACUCGCAAUAUGUACCGGCACCCGAAUUGAGAAGAACAGUGCAACAAAGAGUGAGGAGAGAAGGCACAAGAGGAGCAGACAAUGGUGUGGUCAGGAGAGUGUCCUCGGCGCCGCAGAUUGCGCAACGUCGGAUCUCUAUCUCUCGCUCUUACAUUUCUUCAACGCUCUACUCGAUUCCCGAAGAAAUACAACAACUUCACCCUCACUCCUCCGGGAUGAUUGACACUGGCGAGUUGAUGAUCGCCUCGUCGAUCGAUAAUCUUUCAAUGGUUCCACAGAUUGAAGAGGAUGAC